GGAUAAGGCGGAGGCUGAGGACAGGGGAGGAGGAAAGUAGAGGGAGGAGAAAUGGAGGGCGGGCUGCUCGCCGGGGCAGCGAGUGGGCUCUAGUGGAAGCAGCUGACUCUCCCCCACCCCCUCCUUUCAGUGUUAGCACACAGCCCGGGGGAUCUGAGUAGCUCCCUCCCCUCCUUUCCUUUCUCCUUUUCGGCUCGUAGCGGCGGCGGCAGGAGCAGCAGCAGUCUAGGGGGAAUCCAGGGGAAGCUAGCGCUCACAGCCGGUGCUGCCCGCGUAAUCAGUCCCCUCCGUACUUCUCCGCCUUGCCGGCCGCCCUUCACGCCGUGCCACGCCACGUCACGCCACGCCGCUCAGGCGAAUCUCAGCCGCGCGGUCCCCUGGAUUUAGCACAGUACGUGGAACUUGGUAUACUGGUUGACUGUUUGUCCCUUGGGCUGAGAUUGCUGUGAUCUGGAAGGGGAUAAUCCUAUUAAAAUAUGCAUAUGCCUUUUCCUUUGAGGGUACAUUUAACUAUCUGUAAUCAUGAGCAACCCUUUUAUACACCUUGCUGAGCCCUUGAAUGCCAAAGAACCAGAAAAAAAGUUCUUCAAUUUGAAUAAGUUGGAAGAUUCAAGAUAUGGACAAUUACCAUUUUCUAUCAGAGUUCUCCUAGAAGCAGCUAUCCGGAACUGUGAUGAAUUUUUAGUGAAGAAAGCUGAUGUUGAAAACAUUUUAAAUUGGAAUGUAACACAGCAUAAGAAUAUAGAAGUACCAUUUAAGCCUGCCCGAGUUAUUCUGCAGGACUUUACGGGUGUGCCUGCUGUGGUUGAUUUUGCUGCAAUGCGUGAUGCUGUAAAAAAGUUAGGAGGAGACCCAGAGAAAAUAAAUCCCAUCUGUCCUGCUGAUCUCGUAAUUGAUCAUUCUAUCCAGGUUGAUUUCAACAGAAGACCAGAUAGUGUACAGAAGAAUCAAGACCUAGAAUUUGAAAGGAAUAGAGAAAGAUUUGAAUUUUUAAAGUGGGGGUCCCAGGCUUUUUACAACAUGAGGAUUAUUCCCCCUGGUUCAGGGAUUAUCCACCAGGUGAAUUUAGAAUACUUGGCAAGAGUGGUAUUUGAUCAGAAUGGGUACUACUAUCCAGACAGCCUGGUGGGCACUGAUUCACAUACCACGAUGAUCGAUGGUUUGGGUGUUCUGGGUUGGGGUGUGGGUGGAAUAGAAGCAGAAGCUGUGAUGCUAGGACAGCCAAUUAGCAUGGUGCUUCCUCAAGUGUUUGGUUACAAACUUCAGGGCAAUCCUGAUCCUCUGGUAACUUCCACAGAUAUAGUGCUGACAAUCACCAAGCACCUUCGCCAGGUUGGUGUAGUGGGCAAAUUUGUUGAGUUCUUUGGACCAGGGGUAGCCCAGCUGUCCAUUGCUGAUCGAGCCACCAUUGCUAACAUGUGUCCGGAAUAUGGUGCAACUGCUGCAUUUUUCCCAGUGGAUGAAAUUAGUAUCAAGUACCUCAUCCAAACAGGCCGUGAUGAAAAAAUAGUUAAGAAUAUCCAGAAGUACCUUCAAAGUGUAGGAAUGUUCAGAGACUUCAGUGAUUCAUCUCAAGACCCAAAUUUUACCCAGAUUGUGGAGUUAGAUUUGAAAACUGUGGUACCUUGCUGCAGUGGACCCAAAAGACCUCAAGAUAAAGUAGCAAUAUCUGAAAUGAAGAAAGAUUUUGAGAGCUGCCUGGGAGCCAAGCAAGGAUUUAAAGGAUUCCAGGUGUCUCCAGAACAUCAUGAAGAUCACAAAAACUUUACUUAUGAUAAUAAUGAAUUUACAUUGUCCCAUGGCUCUGUCGUUAUUGCUGCUAUCACCAGCUGUACCAACACUAGUAAUCCUUCAGUAAUGUUAGGGGCAGGAUUAUUAGCAAAAAAGGCUGUUGAUGCUGGUCUCAAAGUGAAACCUUACAUUAAAACUAGUUUAUCCCCUGGAAGUGGGGUAGUCACCUAUUAUCUAAGGGAAAGUGGAGUUAUGCCUUAUCUGUCUAAGCUUGGGUUUGAUGUUGUGGGGUAUGGCUGUAUGACCUGCAUUGGUAACAGUGGGCCCUUACCUGACUCAGUGGUGGAAGCAAUUACAAAGGGAGAUCUUGUUGCAGUGGGUGUACUCUCUGGGAACAGGAAUUUUGAGGGUCGUGUCCAUCCCAACACUCGUGCAAAUUAUCUAGCCUCUCCUCCAUUAGUAAUAGCAUAUGCAAUUGCUGGGACCAUUAGGAUUGACUUUGAGAAAGAUCCAUUGGGAAUAAAUGCAAAGGGACAAAAGAUUUUUUUGAAGGAUAUAUGGCCAACUAGAGAGGAGAUUCAGCUUGUGGAACGUCAGUAUGUUAUCCCUGGGAUGUUUAAGGAGGUCUACAAGAAAAUAGAGACAGUGAAUGAAAGCUGGAAUGCCUUAUGUGCUCCAUCGGACAAACUAUAUUCCUGGAACCCUAAGUCUACAUACAUUAAAUCUCCUCCCUUCUUUGAAAACCUCACAUUGCAUCCUCCACCUUUUAAAUCCAUAGUAGAUGCCCAUGUCCUAUUAAACUUGGGAGAUUCGGUAACAACUGACCAUAUUUCUCCAGCUGGAAAUAUUGCAAGAAAUAGUCCUGCUGCUCGAUACUUAACCAACAGAGGUUUGACUCCCAGAGAGUUCAACUCCUAUGGUUCCCGAAGAGGCAAUGAUGCUGUCAUGGCUCGAGGAACAUUUGCCAACAUCCGCUUACUAAACAAAUUUUUAAAUAAACAAGCUCCACAGACCAUACAUUUGCCUUCUGGUGAAACGCUUGAUGUGUUUGAUGCUGCUGAUCGCUAUCAGAAGGCAGGUAUCCCUCUGAUAAUACUAGCUGGAAAAGAGUAUGGAUCUGGGAGUUCCCGAGACUGGGCAGCCAAAGGCCCUUUUCUGCUGGGAAUCAAAGCUGUCCUAGCUGAGAGUUACGAACGAAUUCACCGCAGCAACCUCGUAGGGAUGGGAGUUAUCCCUCUGGAAUAUCUCCCUGGGGAGAAUGCUAACACUCUUGGACUCACAGGUCGGGAGCGUUACACUAUCAUCAUUCCGGAAAAACUCAAGCCACGAAUGAAUAUCCAGAUUCAGCUGGAUACAGGGAAGACCUUCCAGGCCCUCAUGAGGCUUGACACAGAUGUGGAACUCACUUAUUUCCAUAAUGGGGGAAUCCUCAACUACAUGAUCCGGAAGAUGGUCAAGUAGGCCUGUGUUCCCAUCAAGACUCAUAUCCUAAGAUCAAGACAAAAACAUGCUGUAAUCACUGACCCAAGAUCCAUAUAAAUCUUAAUAUGAAUAUUACCUCCUAAUGGAGCAUACUUUUUUGGAGUUUGUGACACUGUAUUAGAGUAUGCUUGAUGUGGAUGAAUUGUUUUUGUUGGUUUUUUCUCAUUGCACAAAAUCAGAUUCACUUAAUUUUUUUUUCUUUUUUUAGAGCUGAUGGGUAGCAUUAAGUGUGAGUCAGAAAGCAAAAUUAAGCUUCUGUAGAGCACUAUUUUUUAAUAUUUGUUUGUUUUUCCCAUUCUUUUUGUUAAAAGUACAGUUGAAACACACCUAUACCUACACUUGUUGAUGUGUCUUCUUUUAUUGUUUCUACCUAGAACUGGAUUCUUCUUCUUUUCUUUGUUAAAAUGUUUGCUUUUUAGGUGGCAUCUUCCUUUCCAGUUUGCUUUAUUAGCAUUAUUAAAUGACUGUAAGCAAAAGAAAA